AUGGUUUCGAACUUCACAGUAACGGACACACUUCCUCAUCUCCCCUUGCUUUCCGCACAGCACGGCAGCACAGCCAUGGCACUCACUCGCCGCCUUAGCUCGCCGUCCCCCCUGCGCGCGUGUCUCGGCGCUGUCUACCGCGCGUUUUCCACCUCCAUCCCAUCCGCCUCCCCGUUCGCCGCCCCGCACUGUCUCCCGCAUGCGCCAAGUUGCGCCGCGUCGUCGCGAUCCGAUCAGCCAACCCUUCCUUGCACGCCGUACGAUCUCGAUCAGCAAGGGAGCGCAGCGGAGCCGUUGAUUCACCCUGCCGUCUCCGCCGCAUCCGGCCCGUCCGUUUUAGCCCCGUCGCAUUCACGAUUGACGCCAGACGAUGCGAAUCGAUUUGAGGUUAUGGCGGUCCCUAAGAGGAAGGUGACGCCAUCGCGGAGGGGCAUCAGGAAUGGACCCAAGGCGCUCAAGGCCGUGCCGGUGGUGGUCAGAUGCCUGAGUUGUGGGUGUGUGAAGCUGCAGCACCAGUACUGCUGCAAGGACGGGGACAGGCACCGCCAGCCAGCUUCCGAGUAG